GCUCAAUUAUUAUGAAGCGCCACAAGACCUAACUCUCUACAGCUUCUAAAUGUCGACCGCAGAGGGUCCUUUGCAGGACCUUGAUGGAAUCAUUGUCACGCGUGAUAUUGACAUUACACAAGUAUCUAUUGCGGCAAGUGGGCGUUUCUCCUCCGGCGAAACUGGGCCCGGCGCGGCUACGGUUGUUGGGCCUGCGUCUACUGAGAAUGGUAACGUUGUGGAAGUUGUUGCAACACCACGUCAUGGCGAAGCCUUGGUGCCACGGCUUAGCUCGGCAACAAAUGAGGGCCACAGUGGGGAGCCCGACAGCAGCGGGGGAUGCAUGAAGAACGGCUUGGAAACAGACCCAGUGGCAGCCUUGGCGCUGGGUGUUGCCCCUCGGCAACAGGCCAGCUUCUUGCUUCCCGACAAGAACGCCCCCUUCAAAGCCCGGCUUAAAUGCCUUUUCUGCCCCUGGCCUGCCUACGUUUGGAUAGCUUUGGGGGUUUUCGUAUUGGUGGAGGUGCUGGGCAUUGUGGGAGCCGUUUACUAUGCGCGCGGUGUGACCCACACUGCGCGCUCGGCCGCUGCCGACCUGGCACGCAGCAGCGCGCGCUCCAUAGAGACGAUGCUGGACCACCUGCUGGCCCCGGCACUGGCGCUCGCCAACAUGCCGUACGUGAACCCGCACUGGCCCACCAUCAUGGAGACCUUCUACCUGCAUGCGGAGGCCAUCUACAAGACCAACCCGUAUUACCAGAUUGAGCUGUGCCCGGCGGGUGUGGUGGGGUCCAUGGCCAUGCCGUCCUACACCGUCAACAUGACGGCGGAGGAGCGGGAUGCGUUCUUUGUGGGAUUCGACCUGGGGUUGGACAUCCUGGACCCCUCACGCCACCCGGACUGCUGCGAUGAGGAGUACGGCAGCAUCAUGAGCAACGGCUCGGUGCCGCUGCUGGGCCCGUGGUUCGCGCCGGGGGAGCUGGAGGAGGGCGGGUUCGUGGUGCGGCACAGCGUGUUCCUGCCGGUGCCGCCGGGGGGAAACGUCACAGAGGCCUGGCAGCUGCCUGCAAACCACCUGCACCUGUGCCCGCACGAUGUGUGCAACACACGCGACGGCCGCACCUGGUGGGGCUGGAGCAACGCGGUGAUCGCCUGGAAGUCCAUCAAGCCGGGUCUGAGGCCGCUGCAGGACCGGCCCAACACCCUGUACACACUGGCGCCCGACCCGCACGCCGUCAACCAGUCCUUCCUGGCGCACAGCGACACGCUUCCCGACCCGGACCAGUGUGAGGCGGUGCGCAUCGUCGUGAACGGCUUCAUGUGGUGGACGCUGUGUGUGGAGCCGUCCGGCGGCUUCGUGCCGGUCUGGCGCGCGGGGCUGAUGGUGGGCAUCACCGCCCUGGCGCUGCUGCUGGCGGUGCUGGUGGGGCUAGUGCUGCGCAGCCGCGGCCAAGCCGUGGAGAGCCUGCAGAGGCAGAUGGAGCUGAACCGGCAGCUGGCUAUUGCCAAGGAGGAGGCGGAGGAGGGCCGGCGGGUGAUCGAGGAGGAGAAGCGGGUGAUGGACGUGCUGAUGGCGCGGCAGCGCAACCUCAUCGAGCUGUUCGGCAAGGAGGGCGAGCUGAUGGCGGCCGCGGACGGCAGUGGCCCCGACGCGGCGGCGGACACGGCGCGACGGCGCAUGCUGCUGGGCGGCACGAGCACCGGAGACAUGAGCAACCUGUCGCGCGAGAGCACACCCAUGGAUCGCAUCGAGGCGGUGCGGCGGCAGCUGUCGCUGAAAAGCACGGGCGGCAAGAAGGGCGCGGCCGCCGCUGCGCACGACGAGAUCAAACUGAUGGAGCUGCUAGGCGAGGGCUCGUUUGGCAAGGUCUACAAGGGCCUGUGGCGCGGCACCGAGGUGGCUGUCAAGACCAUGGUGCUGCCCGCCAACAUGUCGGGAGCGGAGAAGCGCGAGAAGAUGGCGGUGAUGGAGGCGGCCAUCAGCAGCGCCAUGCACCACCCCUGCAUCGUGCAGACGUACACCUACUUCAUCAAGACCGUGUGCGAGGAGGCGUCCGAUGACGCCAGCGUCGUAACGGCCACCGACGGCAUCGUGAUCGGCAAGGACAGCAGCGGCGGCACCAGCGUGCUGGGCGGCUCCAGGGGCUUUGACGACCCCAACUCCCAGGCGCGCGGCUCCAGCAUGACCGCGCAGGCCGUGCACGGCUACGAGGUGCGGCUGGUCCUGGAGUUCUGCGACCGGGGCUGUCUGCGGGACGCGCUGGACGGCGACGCCUUCCUCACCGCGACCGGAGUCAACUACCGUGGCGUGCUGGACUCUGCGGCUGACGUGGCCAAGGCCAUGCUGCACCUGCACCUCAACGACGUCCUGCACGGCGACCUGAAGGCCCGCAACGUGAUGCUCAAGAACAGCGGCGGCGAGGGCCUUGGCGUCAUUUGCAAGGUGGCGGACUUUGGUCUGGCCGUCAAGAUGGAUACCUGCGACCAGACCCAUAUGAGCGGCAUGUUUCAGGGCACACUCACACACAUGGCGCCGGAGCUGAUGCUGCACGGCCGCAUGUCAAAGCCUGCAGACGUGUACGCCUACGGCAUCACGCUGUGGGAGUUGUUCGUGGGCGGCCACGCCUUCAAGGGCAUGCCGCGCGCGCUGCUGGGUCACGAGGUGGCGGCGGAGGGCAAGCGGCCCGUGUUCCCGCCCUUCACGCCCGAGCCCUAUGCGCGCCUGGCGGCGGACUGCUGGGCACACGACCCCGAGCAGCGGCCCACGUUCGAGCAGAUCUUGGAGCGACUUGCAGCCAUGCGUGCCGAGCUGCCCGGACCCGCAGCCACCCUGGGCACCUACGCCAUCGGUGAAGUGCAGCCCGACACACCCGCGCGCCGGUCGGGGUCCGGCCUCACGCCCGCACCCCUGCACAAGCUGAGCGGCAACAGAAUGGAAACCGCGGCGGCGGCGGCUGUGGCGUCCGUGGCGGCGGUAGCGGGCGGCAGUGGCAUCGGAUUUGGGUCAAGCGGCGAUAGCAGGUUGGAGCAGGGCAGUGGCGGCGGCUGUGGCGGUACCAGUGUCACUGUGCACAAUAACUGGGCGUUCCUACGCGCGUUGCGUGGGCCCAAUCUGGAGGUGAUCGAGGAGGGCGAGCGUGAGGGGCAGUCCUCCCGCCUGCUGCCGCAAGUGCCGUCACCGGACCCACACCACCACCAGCACAACGGCCAGGCGCCCGGCGGCCUGGGUACGGUGUUUGAGAGCGAGGUGGCCAGCGUGGCCGCCCCUGCAGCCGACGUCCGAGUGGGCGGCCCUGCAGGUGUGGCAGGUGGGCGCACGGAGGCGCCCGCGGUGGCAGCAGGUGGCGCGCGGGCGGUGGCUGAGCUCGACACGGCCGGCAGCAGCAACACCCUGCCCAUUGUGCUGCACGCGCUGCCAAACGGCAUGCUUGAUGGACGCGGCAUCUGAGCUACCUGGGGCACGGCGGGCGUGGUGGGUGCUUGCCGGCGGAGUCCAGACACUUAAUGCUGUUUGCUGUGAAGCGUACGGCUUGGGGCAGCGGGUGUGUGGUGACAGGGGUCGCUGUGAUGCUGCCGGCACGACAAUGCAAUGCCGCCAAGCGCCUGAAGCAGCUUGCGAAGCGUGGGGUCUGAUGGCAAGGUGGCAAGUGGAUAGAGUGGGUUGCUCCUUGUGGUUGCAAGGCAGCAUGUCCUUGCUGCGUUGUGGCUGAACAUGUCGGCACUGCGUCAUGGAGUGCGUUCAUCAUGCAUAGCAAUGCUAUUGUGGUGCAGGGCAUGAGCGGCAUGCGAUUUCCUUUGUGCAUAACUGCUAGUACCGUAACUCUAAUUGUGUGAGCAUGCAACCGUUGCAGGUUACUGGGGAUCGCGCUGUAUGGUCUUGCGUCAAACGGUGGAUGAUGCGAAUGCACUGUGAGCUGCGGGAAGGAAUUUAAGGUCGGCGGUUGGGGGGGAGGGAGGAUUGAUGCAGUAAGCCUGCUGCCAAGGGGAUCAUGUGAUCUUGUCCGAUGCAGUUCCGCAAGCACACAGCAGAUGGGUGAGGUGGCGCCUGCCUGUUGCCAAGAGUUGUUGAAAGCCGUAUAAAUAUUGAAUGCAUCUUGCAACGCACUUUCUUUUCUGAUUCCUCGUUUGAAUCGUCUGCGUCGGUGCGGCACUGUCGUCAAUCGACGCCGGUGUGUUGCAAGCAACCGGGUGACGGCGCUGACUGCCAGCGCGUGCGCGUGCUUUUUGGUAAGGUGUGUACGUAUGUGCGUGUAUACGGAAGAAUGUCCCCGCCCUUACACUGUUUGUUCGUAUGGCUAGCCAGCUGGGGUACUGCGGCACGCUUGCAAAUACUGGUGGGGUCCUAGCACUAUCACUGCGGGCUUCACAGACCUGGCCGCUGUCUGCGGCAUACCACACGGCACGCGCCGAAUGACAGGCGACGCAGGGCUGUCGGUCUAAGUCGACUGCUGAUGUGGCUGGAGAUACAUAACAUUGAAGGCUUGUGUAUGCCAUGGAACGGCACAGCAGGCUGCACGUGUGCGCGUGCAGCCUGAGUGCUCAGCUCGCCUCGUAUGCAGUGGUGAUGGAGCGCCAUCACAACUGGGUGUGCAUGUGUGUAUGUGAAUGCAUGUGUCUAUCGCCCCACGGCCGUGACGUGCGCAAGUGCGGACCUGCGCGCUAGGUGCUCUUUCUCGCUGUGUGUGUGUGUGUGUGUGUGUGUGUGUGUGUGUGUGUAGUGUGUAGUGUGUGUGUGUAGUGUUCUUGUUGUCGUACGAUAGCCGCAUGCCGGGUAACGCAACGCUUUCGCCACGAGGCCUUUCCACUUGCGCGAGGCUGACGUAGGAGUCAUGAUUGAGGCUUGUGGAAGUGGUGGGCCGUACCGUGAUUGCUCCUGUUGGGCCCUGGCGUGUGGAAGGGCCAGUGGCCGUGGCCUGGGGUCAGGGCUUGACCCCACGGGUUGACCCCUGCGUGUGUGGACCAGGGGCGGGUAUGCGGGGAGCCGGCGCGGUGGAGAUGUGUAACGGUUCAUCGGC